CAUCAUCAUCGUUGUCAUCGUUGUAAUGUGCUAAUACCAGGUUGCCAACCACAUCUCUAAAUUUACAACUUUGCCACAUCUCUCAAAAAGUCCCAUUUCUUAGCUAUCCACUUGUCCGAAACUGGACUCCCAAUUCCCAUCAUCACAAAAAAACAAUACCCACAAGUGGAGUCACUCUCUUACCCGUUUAGGUGAUUGGCAAUCAAAGCCUCGUUAAUGGCAUCCUCCACUGAGACUGAGACCAAACCAUUCUCUGUCCUCUUUGUAUGCUUAGGAAACAUUUGUAGAAGCCCAGCUGCUGAGCUAUCUGCUGAGGGUGUAUUCAGAGACAUUGUCAAGAAGAGAGGCCUUGACUCCAAGUUCCAGAUUGACUCUGCCGGCACCAUUGAUUACCACGAGGGUAAUCUAGCAGACCCAAGAAUGAAGGCAGCCUCUAAAAGGCGUGGGGUUGAGAUAACAUCCAUAUCCAGGCCAAUAAGACCCUCUGAUUUUAGGGAUUUCGAUAUCAUUCUUGCGAUGGACAAGCAAAAUAGAGAUGAUAUUGUGGAGGCUUUUAACAGGUGGAGAUUUAGAGAGACACUACCAGAUGAUGCACACAAGAAGGUUGAGUUAAUGUGCUCCUACUGCAAGAAGCAUGAUGAGACUGAAGUCCCAGAUCCUUACCAUGAUGGAACACAAGGUUUUGAGAAGGUUUUGGAUCUACUUGAAGAUGCUUGUGAAUCAUUAUUGGACAGCAUCUUGGUAGAAAAUGGUCACAUUCUAAAUUCUUAAGCCCUGGUUGAAUUCUGGUUAAACUAAGCUUUUCCAAUCCUUGUGUUUAUGUAAUCAAGAGAUUACAUUACGUACAUCAUGCUAGAUUGUCUCAUCAUGGACCUUUUGCUCCCUGUUUUGCUCAUGUUAUGCCAUGAAUUAUUAUUGCAUUGAAAUUAUUGACUGCCGUUUUGGAUGCUAAAUUUGAGGUAGCAAUAAGUUUUGCUUCUAGUCAGGCAAGCAUGUGUGAUCUCCAUGUUUAUUGAUUUGUUGAGAUGUAUUUUUCCUCUUUGCAACUUGCAAGUCACCUAAUAUUAGUGCAAAUGGUACAUUUUUUUUUCAUUAAACCAGAGCAUUCUUCUUAAAU